AUGUCGAUUCUGGCAUCAGAUGAGGCCCUCUUCCGCAACUGCCUCCUCGCCUUCUACCUCAUCGGCCCUCUCACCUACAUCUCCCUCCAAUUCCUCUCCGCGCCUUACGGCAAACACAGCCGCCCAGGCUGGGGUCCCACGAUCCCGCCGGCGCUAGCCUGGUUCCUCAUGGAAAGCCCUUCCGUUUGGCUCCCCAUAUCGAUCUUCCCCUCGGGCAGGCACGCCGCCGAUCGCAAGGCCCUGAUUCUCAUGUGCCCUUUCGUAAUCCACUACUUCCACCGCACCUGCAUCUACCCGCUCCGGCUGUACCUGCACGGCGGCGGUGCCGGUUUCCCGGUGAGCAUGGCGGCGGCGGCCUUCUGCUUCAACCUGCUGAACGGUUAUCUGCAGGGGCGGUGGGUGUCCCACUACAAGAGCGACUACGCGAACGAUGGGCUGUUCUGGGCGAGGUUUGUGGUUGGGCUGGCGGUGUUCGUUUGGGGGAUGCGGAUCAACAUUUGGGCCGACCGGGUCUUGGUGGGCCUGAAGAGGCAAGGCGGCGGGUACAAGGUUCCGAGAGGCGGGUGGUUCGAGCUGGUGAGCUGCCCGAAUUAUUUGGGGGAGGUCUUGGAAUGGGCCGGGUGGGCGGUGAUGAACUGGUCGUGGGUCGGGUUCGGGUUUUUGCUGUACACGUGUGCCAACUUGGUCCCCAGGGCGCGUUCCAAUCACAAAUGGUACUUGGACAAGUUUGGGGAGGAUUAUCCCAAGGCUAGGAAAGCCAUCUUCCCUUACUUGUACUGA